AUGGCUACUUUUAAGCUUCUGGCUGUUGCCGCCAUCACUAGCAUGGUGCAUGCCACCAACCAUCCCCCCGGAAAGCGCGGUCUCGGUAGCAACGACGGCCUCGAUCUUUCAGGGUUCGAAAGCGUCGGCCCCAUCAAGAUGGGCUGGCAAUACAACUGGGACAGCGACAUUGGCGGCAAUAAGCUCAGCUCCGUCGAGUACGUCCCGAUGCUUCAUAGCCUCCAUGACGGCCACGAAAACGUCUGGGCGGACCGUGUCAACAAGUGGCUCGACCGGGGCACCGGCCACCUUCUCGGUUUCAACGAGCCCGAGCAGCCGUUGCCACAGGCAGCCAUGAGCGUCGCCGACGCCGUUCACGCCUGGCGAAUACACAUGGAGCCAUUCGCCGGCCGCGCGAAGCUCGGUGCGCCGAGUGUGUCCAACGACGGCUGGGACUGGAUCACGCAGUUCAUGGACCAGUGCCAGGGCUGCCACAUUGACUUUAUCCCCAUUCACUGGUAUAAUCCGUUCUUGCUCGUGCACGACUUUGAGAAUUGGGUCAAUCGAAUCUGCGGCCUUGGAAAGCCUGUGUGGAUUACCGAGUUCAAAGGUUUGGGCGGCUCAAGCCAAGACGAGCUUGCUUUUCUUCAACAGGCCAUGGCUUUCCUGGAGAGCAACGCGUGUGUCCAGCGCUACGCCUACUUUGGCACCGCGAACAACGAUAAGUGUCUUCUGUCCAACGAGCAGAGCCGUCUCUCUGAACUCGGCCAUCACUAUGCUGUGGACUAA